ACUUUUAUUUUUUUUCAGAAAUAAUGAAACCUUUAAUUAUCUUCUUUUGCCUAGUUUUCAGCAGUUUAGCAGAGGAAGGUGGAGUGGUUGUUAAAACAGGCUUUGGUCUUAUAAAUGGAAAAAUACAAUCUAGUGAGCCUAACAACCGAAAAUAUGGUAGUUUUCUUGGAAUCCCCUACGCUAAACCUCCAAUAGGACCACUAAGAUUUCUUCCAGCUGAACCGAUAAACCAUUUCUACGGUCCCCAUGCCCCCCUCCAGGCUACAGAAUAUAAAGGGGAUUGUGCACAACUAGAGAUAGGGUCAGGCAAAUAUAAGGGGAGUGAGGAUUGUCUCUACUUGAACGUAUUCACGCCUGAUAUUCACUUUACAGGGGAGAAUAAUCUUCCUGUCCUGGUUUGGAUUCAUGGUGGGGGCUUUUUAAUUGGUGGAUCAGAUCCAGGUUUCUAUGGACCUGAUCGUUGGCUGGAUCAUGAUAUUGUUCUUGUAACGUUCAACUAUAGGCUCGGAGCACUUGGGUUUCUAAGUACUGGAGAUGGUGUAGCUCCACCAAAUAAUGGAUUGUCUGACCAGCAGCUAGUCCUAGCCUGGGUCAAAGAAAAUAUUCAGGCUUUUGGAGGAAACCCCAGCCAAGUUACUAUUUUCGGAGAAUCUGCAGGAGGAACAAGCGUAAUGGCCCAUAUGUCUUCUCCUAGAUCCCGUGGUUUGUUUAAUCAGGGUAUUGCAAUGAGUGGAACAUUUGGGUUUAUGAACCCUUUAAUACAUUCAUCUAGACCUAUUCAACAUUAUACAAGCAUUAUGGCUGCCGAGCUGAGCUGUGACAUCACUGGUUCUGCUCAGAGCACUGUUUCUUGUCUUAGAAAUAAAACUGCCGAAGAUAUUAUUAGAAAAGCGAAUUUGUUUGUGAGAUAUAAUUUCUUGAACAACCCAUUUAAACCUGUUGUUGAUGCUGAUCUACCCGAUCCAGUUCUACCUCACCCUCUUCAUGAUCCUUGUAUAUCUAUAAUACUGCAGAACGCACCAAAAGCUUAG